AUCUAUGCGAAAAUUAUGUUUUUCUUCGAAAGUUCUUCAAGUGUUCUUAUGAUCUUCAAGCAAAAUGUUUUAGAAAAGAAUGUUUGAUCUUAUGAAAGAAAUGAUUUUGGAUUUGCAAGGUUUUUGGGGGGAAUUUCGUGAUCAACAAGGGGAUGGGCUUAUGAUCGAUUCGAUUGUCCGAUUAGUAACGUUACUCUGUCAGUUCGUUGGUAGGAAAUUUCCAAGUGUAGACCUAGCUUCAAGGAGCAACCCGAGACUUCUAGGAAAGCGUACCUUUGAGACACCAAGCAUGUGUGUGAUCAGUCGAGAUACGACCCUAUAUCUGCUUGAUGUGGACGACGGCAAGGUUCGAGACAUCGACUGCGCGACUGAUGGUUCAGCUAUGGGAUUGGCAAGAGCAGAGGAUGCGAGGCGAUAUGAUUCGAGCGCUGGAGGAGGCCUUGGAGGGCACGCAACCAAGUGGCUCAAGGGAAGGCAACCGACUUCAAGGCUGGAGGAGGCCUUGGAGGGUACGCGACCUAUGAGUCGGGUAUUGAGUGUGAUAAUUGAGUCUGUACUUGGGGGUGAGCUGAGUUUGUUUAUAGGGUUCGAACCUAACCUAGAGACCUUCUUGUUGUGUUGGCUCGGGGGCGGUCGGACACUAGUUUAAUCAUUAUGUUGUAAUUUGAAAGAAUCAUUGUACGCUUCCAAAGCUUUUAUUAAUAACAUG